AUGUUCCAGAGCAUCGGAGAGGACCUCAAGAAGGCCCUCUCUCUCAUUGCCGCCAACUAUAUUUCGGAUGGCGCCGGAAGCAAGAGCAGAGCCUCUCCUGAUGACCUUAGGGUUUGGUCACUUCAAGGAUGCCAUCCAUACGAAUUGGAUAGUGACCCCGAAAGGAAGAAAUUCCUGGAUGAUCUCUUCAUCUUUAUGCAGAAGAGAGGAACGCCCAUCAACCGCAUCCCCAUCAUGGCGAAGCAGAUCCUCGACCUCUACAUGCUCUACAAGCUGGUGACGGAGAAAGGAGGUCUGGUGGAAAUCAUCAACAAGAAGAUCUGGAGGGAGAUCACCAAAGGCCUUAACCUACCCACCUCGAUCACCAGUGCUGCAUUUACGCUUCGCACCCAGUAUAUGAAGUACCUCUAUGCCUAUGAAUGUGAGAAGAAGUCCUUAAGUUCUCCGGCCGAGCUGCAGGCCGCCAUUGAUGGCAACCGGCGGGAGGGCCGGCGGCCCAGCUACAGUUCUUCCUUGUUCAGCUACUCCCCGGCGGCCCCGGGGCCUCCCUCACUCCUGUGUCCUCCAAAGAUCCGCUUCCCCAUCGUCAGCUUGGCCACGGGCAGCGGGACCAGCAGCCCUCACCUGUCCACAGCAGGCGCUCUCAGGAAAGGUUGGUCUUCGGUUGGCUCUGACAGUUGGGACGCAAUUGCUGGGUGCACCAUCUACCCACAAAGGUCACCUAGACUGCCAGAAAGGCCUAGUGCUCCAGCAGUUUUCUGA